GAUACAAGAAACAUGUUUGACGGCAUCCCAGGAUAUGAGGGAAUUGCGGCAGGUGGAGGUGGUGCGUAUCUUCCUCCUCCAAUGCCUUCUGUGCCGAUGCCUGUGCCUGAACACGCUUCCAGCCAUCCAGAGUGGCACAACAACAUUCCUUCCAUCUCAGAGGGAAGAGCGCAUCAAGCUUUUGAAGAGUACGUCUCCAGCAAGUGCUGCUAUAGUUCUGCCCCGGUCAGAGAGGGGGUCAUAACUAAUAUGGAGUCAUUUAAUACCUACAGGUAUCGUUUGGAGACAUUCGCAGAGUCCAGAUCUACUAAAUGGAGUCAGGAGCCUUACACAGUCUUGUAUCCCUUAAUCAGUAGAAAACUUCCACAAAUGCAUGAUUCAUAUAUUCUUCUGAGCCAGCUGCUCGUCUUCAUCAGCCUCAAAGUUAAAUGGAGCACUGAGAAGGACGAUUACGUGCAAGAUUCGAGUGGACUGAGACCAGAAAAGCUGGGGAAGGUUUCAGGAAAGGAGCUCUUCAAAGACGCCCAGAUUAUGGUCUAUCCAGUGAUGGGUUUCCCUGAUGUUUCUGUUGCACAAGCAUCUGAACGUUUAAUAAGAGACCAUCAGGUGAAAUAUACCAAGAACUCCCGCAUAUUACAACAGAGGCAGACGAUUGAGCUCAUUACCAUAACGAAAGUGAAUUACACAUGGAAAGAGAAGUCCUAUGUUUACUGUGUGUAUGGAAAUGAGUUGAAAGUGAACACUGAUGAUUAUCCCGCCACCUGCUGCUGUUCUGUCAUGUGACUCAACAACAACGCUGUACAUGCAAACAUCAAAACCGCUGACUCUACAUCCCACAUUCAUCACAUCUCAAAACACCUUGUCAGAGAUGGCUAUUAC